AUGGCGCUAAAUCCAAAUCGUACUCUAGCUCAGUUCCUUGGCCAUUUGUCCCAAGUCACCGAUUUUCGAAAUGUUGACGGUACCGUUUGCGAUCUGCUCAAGGGUCUUCGCCCCUUCUUGUCUCUUGUGUACCAGUCUGAGUUUGACGACAUGGUUCUCAAGGCUGACGCAGAUGCGUACCGUGCGCGCAAUGCCCAAUCCCUCAAGCGAAAGGCUCGUGAAGAAUCCUCCAAGUUGUUCAAGUGCAAUAUGAAGCGUGCUCGGUACUCGGACGACGUCGUUGCCGCCAACACCAACGCUCAGGCUUGGUUCGUCAGCAAGUGUGCUGACAUCGACAGCCAGCUGGUCGCUAACAUGACCCGCAUCAAGGGAGGAAAUGCUCCGCUUCCCGUCGUCGUGGAGGCUCCCAACGAAUUUGCCGGGUAA